AUGGCCGUUCUUGAAGCUGGUGGGAAUGCUGGGCUAGUGCUGCCACAGUUUAACGGAGCAGAACAUGUCUACAGACAUUUCAUCAGGCCAUUCUACAUGAACCCUCAAAGAGCUUCCACCAAUAUUUGGUACGUUCCUCAGAAGAAGCUCAACUUCUUUCCGAAACGUGACGACGACGAUAUCCUCACUGCUGGCGAAAGUACAUGGAGAAACACGGCACCGACAAGGAUAGUUAUGAAAGAGGGAGGAGAGAGGAGAGGAGGAGGAGGAGGAGGAAGCAAUAACUACAUGAUCUUUGAUGAUGAUUAUAGGUACUAA